GCCCGCGGCCCCUCAGCGCCGGGGGCGCCCCCGAGCCCCGCGGCGCCCCCCGAGCCCCGCGGCGCGCCCGCGCCCCAUGCGCGCCCCGCCAUGACCAUCCUCCCCAAGAAAAAGCCGGUCCCGGCUCCCGACGGUGAUGGCGAUUCCGGCCCUGACGCGGGGCCCGAGCGCGGAGCGGACGCGGGGCCCGAGCGAGGCCCCGGAGGCGUCGGCGAACCCGGCGGGCCCGGCGUGGGGGGGCCGCGGCCUCGCGCCUCUCCGCCGCCGCCGCUGCGGGGCUGGGCCGGGCUGCCCGGUGCCGCCGGUUCUCCUCCUCCCGCCGGGCCCGGCUCCGGUAGCGGCGGGCCCGGUUCCGCCGACGGCCCCGCGGCGCUGCUGGGGCUGGAGGCGGCGGCGCUGGGGCUGCCCGAGCCCCGCGGGCCCGGCUGCGGCGGCGGAGCCGGGGGAGGCCCCGGGCACAGCAAGCGGCGGCGGCGAGGAGGGGCCGGGCCCAGCGCGGGCCCCGCGGGCUCCGGCCCCGGCGGGAUCGGGCUCGGGAUGGGGCUGGGACCCCCCGGCUGCGGCAGCCCCGGGCCCGACGAGGCGGGAGGCGGCUACAACAGCGAGGAUGAGUACGAGGCGGGAAGGGUGGAGAUGGACCCGGCCACCGCCGAGCAGCAGGAGCACCGGUUCGAGAAGGCUCUGCGGGAGAAGAAAGGCUUCAUCAUCAAACGCAUGAAGGAGGACGGGGCCUGCCUGUUCCGGGCCGUGGCUGAUCAGGUGUACGGAGACCGAAUGUGCCGUGUCCCAGCCUGUGACCCAUUCCCAACCUGUCCCCUGUGUCCCCAGAUGAAGAACGCCGAUUAUUUCUCCAAUUACGUCACGGAGGAUUUCACCACCUACAUCAACCGCAAGCGCAAGAGCACCUGCCACGGGAACCACAUCGAGAUGCAGGCCAUGGCCGAGAUGUACAACCGGCCCGUCGAGGUCUACCAGUACGGCACUGAGCCCAUCAACACGUUCCACGGCAUCCAGCACAACGAGGACGAGCCCAUCCGGGUCAGCUACCACCGCAACAUCCACUACAACUCCGUGGUGAACCCCAACAAGGCGACCAUCGGCGUGGGGCUGGGGCUGCCCUCCUUCAAACCGGGGCUGGCGGAGCAGUCCCUCAUGAAGAGCGCCAUCAAGACGUCGGAGGAGUCGUGGAUCGAGCAGCAGAUGCUGGAGGACAAGAAGCGCGCCACCGACUGGGAGGCCACCAACGAGGCCAUCGAGGAGCAGGUGGCCCGCGAGUCCUACCUGCAGUGGCUGCGCGACCAGGAGAAGCAGGCGCGGCAGCCGCGCAAGGCCAGCGCCACGUGCAGCUCGGCCACGGCAGCGGCCGCCAGCGGCCUGGAGGAGUGGAGCGGGCGCUCCCCCCGGCCCCGCAGCGCCGCCCCCUCCCCCGAGCACCCCGGGCUGCACCCCGAGACCCCCGGCCCCAAACCGCCCUCGCCCGGAGCGCCCCCUGCUGGAAAACCGCCCUCGCCCUGCGCACCAGGGACCAGCAGCCAGCUGGGGGCGGGGGGCGGCCGGGCCACGCCCCCGCUGGUGUCGCUGUACCCCGCCCUCGAGUGCCGCGCCAUCAUGCAGCAAAUGUCCCCGACCGCCUUCGGCCUGAACGACUGGGAGGACGACGAGAUCCUGGCGUCGGUGCUGGCGGUGUCGCAGCAGGAGUACCUGGAGACCAUGAAAACCUCGCGCCACAGAGACCCCGCCGCCGACAAGAGUUGAUAUUGAACCCCCGGACUGCGACCCCCCCCCCCAAAAAAAAAAAAAACCCCAAAAUCUCCCAACUCCCUCCCCAGAGAGACCCUCCGGAUCCCCCCUCCCCACACACACACCCAAAAAAAACAACCAAAAAAAACAACAAAAAAAAAACCAACAAAAAAAAAAAACCACGGCUGAACCCCCCCGACCCCCUCCCCCGACCCCAAAUCCCACAGCGCCCCCCCCCCCCAAAACAAAACCCCCCCAAGGGACUCUGGGUGUGGGGCUGAGUUUGGGGGUGACACAAAACCCCCCACCCCGGCAAAAACAUGGAAAAUGGGGGAGGGGGACACAGCGCUGGACGCCGCGGAUGAACCUCGGCUGAUUGAUUUUGGGAGGGGGGAGAAGAUGAUGAUGAUGAAGAUGAAGAUGGAGAAGGAGAAGACCCCCUCCUCAAAAUGACUGGGGGAAUGGUGGGGGAGGGGGCUGGUAUUUUUUUUUAGGGUCUCC